AUGGAGGAGCAAUCUGUGGCUCUAAGUGGUGCAUCUGAUUCCAAGUACUCACAUAAAACGGGGCAGUUCCGUACUCAGCGUCUCCUCAAGUCUCAUCCCUAUGCUGAAAAUAGGAAGCACCUCCCGAAGAAGUAUAAUCUCAUAUACAUUGAGAAAGCAAUGGAUUCUCAACCCCACCAUGAAUUGCAUGUCAUUUUUCUUCCAUAUCCAACUCCUGGCCAUAUGAACCCCAUGAUAGACACUGCAAGGUUAUUUGCCAGGCAUGGUGUUAGUGUUACCAUUAUCACUACCCCUGCUAAUGCUUUGCCUUUCCAAGACUUCACCCGUGGAUACCACAUCAGAACUCAACUGGUUACAUUCCCUGCAGCCGAAGUAGGUCUCCCUGAAGGGGUUGAAAACAUCAAAGAUAGCACUUCCUUGGAAUUGUUCUUUCGAAUCGAUAGUGGAAUAUUAGAUAAGAAUUAA